AUGGCGGCACGUAAACUCUCGUAUAACUUGAAAGACAUCACUUUUGCACAUUACAGUGACUCUUGGGGAGAGAAUCGUAAAGUUUCGAUGGUGGAGCUUUUGAACUUCAAAAAGCUUCAAUCUUUUAAGUUCGUAAGAGAGGAAGAGAUGGAUUUCGUGGUGAAGAAGAUAUCCAAUUCGGCUUUGGAACAAUCUCCCGUGGCCGUUGAUCUAAGCCAGACUUUUAUGUGUCUCGUCGCCACCAUCUUAUGCAGAUCAGCGUUAGGACAGAACUUGCACACGAACAAGUUUUUUGACGAGAAGAAAAUCGCAAAGCUUGUUGUACAAGGCUCCCUAGCCACAUGUCAUUUUGGUUUCUCUGAUUUCUUUCCUGGCAAAUUAGGAAACUUUGCAGAUUGGUUGUUCCAAAGGAAAAAAGGACUACUAAAGAGAACGUUUAAGGAGCUUGAUGAUUUUUACCAACAUGUGAUUGAUGAUCACUUGAAGUCAUUAGAUGGACCGAAAAGUACAGAUCCUUCUGCCGAUAUCGUUACCGGGAUGCUGGAUUUGGUUGAUAAAAAUGGAACUACUGAUAUGGAUCAAGUCAAAGGAGUACUCAUGAAUAUUUUUCUAGGAGGGAUAGAUACAAUUGCCAUAAUUCUGAUCUGGGCAAUGACAGAACUCAUUAGAAACCCAAGAGUGAUGAAGAAAGCACAAGAAGAGAUUCGAGCUGUCCUCGGAGGUAAAAGAGAGAAGAUCACUGAAGAAGACCUAGAGAAAGUUGAAUACUUGAAGCUCAUAGUCAAGGAAACAUUAAGAUUGCAUCCAUCAGUUCCAUCUAUACCUAGAGAAUCAAUGUCUCAACUAACGAUCCAAGGCUAUGAUAUCCCUGCAAAAACGUGGAUGUACAUCAACGUAUGGGCGAUUGGACGAGACCCCAAGAUUUGGGAAAACCCUGAAGAAUUCAUUCCUGAGCGGUUCAAGAAAGAACCUCUCCUCCUUGUUCCCGUUAAACACCACUAA